AUGAUUUUAGUCGUUAUAGCAAUUCUUCGUCACAGAGCUGUUACACAGCCACUUCAACCAAGAUUAAGCGGCAAAAAGCUGCAAUAUGUCAUUGCAUUGCUUUACAUGGUUCCUUUAAUUGUCAAUAUCCCAACAUUUCUCUCCCAACAGUUUACUAGUGCAGGGCUAUGUACCAACAAAUGGGAAGAUAACAUAUAUUUUUCUAUAUAUGGUUGGAUUGUAAAUAUUGCUAUUAUAUUAGUCUCUAUGAUGUUUCUUAUUGUGCUUUAUGUAAAGAUGUGUUACUCAUUGGCUCUUCAUCAGAAAAACCUCAGGAGAUUAUUUUCCCCAGAAACAACAAAUCUCUCAGACGAUGCAACAGAAAGAGUAACCAGAAGUCAUCAACAUUUGCGCAUUGAAAAAAAUACAAAAAUGAUAACUGUCAGUAUGGUGGUUCUAGCACAGUUCUUCACUGCAGUUGCACCAGUAUGUGUGCUGGAAAGAUUUAACAGUGCAUUCGGUGGUGAUGAAUAUCAGUUUCAUCUGAUGCGGAUGAUGCCGGUAUAUUUUCUUGUAUCUUGCUCAUUCAAUCCCAUCGUCUAUGGAAUUGGAGACAAAACAAUCCGUGAAGGAUACUGA